GUUCGCGUCGGGCAACCGCUGAGCGUGGCGCGGCAGUUUGUGUGUUCUCCGUUUUGCCGACGUCAUCUUGCCGGGAUGUUGCGUGGCCAAACCGACGCGUGGCUGCUGUAGUACUGCGUUUACGUUGCCGGUGUCGCUCUCAUCACAACGACUUUCGCAGUUCGGUGAGGUCGUUUUUGCGGGGUGUGUGCUCUCUCGUUAUUUUUUUCGAGACGUCAACCGGGGAGUGAUCUGUCAUCCAGUUGCAGUAACGUAUUUGAGAAAAGUGCGAGUGUUGGAUUGUUGCAACUGCACGUCCGUGUGUGUGUGUAAGACAAUCUGUGUAACGGAUUUCCUACGCGUUUACAUUCUGAAGUAGUGGCACUUUGUUGACAGCGGAUGUACAGGCUGUGGGUGUACCCUUUUGCACCUGUUCGCCCCCGAGUGUAGUGUGGCUCUUAGUCUGAUGCGCAGACACUGCGGGUGCUAGCGGCAUCGGGAAAGUUCGUUCGCCCUCGUGACGUCCGUCAGUGGAGGAGGAGGGCAGAUUUCGCCUAGCAGGCGGAAGUGGAGGAGGAAGAAGAAGAGGAGGAGGAAGAGGAGGAGAGGAAGAGAGACAGGAAGGGCGCGGACGGCAGAAGCAAAACAGUGGAAGCGCGAUUGUUGCGCCGUUGUUAACGGUCCGCCAGCGGUGCGUGACUUGCGGCUUGUUCGUCCUCUUCGCCGGGCUGACUCCGUGCAAUCGGCGCAGAUGUUCACGAAGUGGAGAAGAAAGAACCUGGAGAGAAGCCGGUAUCAGCUCGGAACUUGCCUCCGUGUGCAUCAUAAGUGCGCCUGGACGGAAUAAGCACUUUGCCUCCAGAACCUCCGAAGCCAGGACUGACCCGACGGUACUGAAGACAGCGAUCUCGGGAAUGGUUUUCGCUUUCUGCAGUUGACGACUGUGGCUGCCUUAGGACUAACAAAUUUAGCACAGAACAAUAUUAUUCCGCAUCGAGUUCAUAUCAGUCGUCGUAGUCUCUUCGUUACGAAUAGUUAGGCCAAUUAAACUUAGCAUUACUAUUACUCACGGCAGUCAUCAGUGGGCAAGGUUCGUUGUACCAUCUGACGGGCUCUCCAGAUGAGCUGUCGCUUCGGUCCCACAUUGCUUGUCAUUGUGGUGAGGGGAGGAGCUAUUUGCGGCUAAUUUGCCGGGUGACACAGUGGACGUGAUAGCGAUAGCGAACUGAAACGAGUGCAGUGUGCUGCCGUAUGACUUAAGAGUGUCAAGGUGAACUGCCUGGCAAUUGGUAGAUAUCGAAAGUGAAAAUUGAUAUUUAUUGCUUCGAAGGUGGCUGCAUUGGUCAGGCAAUUACCUGGCUAAUAUUUAUUGCUUCGUAGUUGGUAGCACUGGUAAGGUAAUAAUAUAGUUGAAAUUUGGUGCUUCGUAAUUGGCAACACUGUUUGGGUGGAUCUUCUGGGUUAUUUAUUGAUUCAAAGUAGGCAGCAUUGCGAGGGGAAUCACCGGAGGGGAGGAGUAGUUUGCGAUUAAUUUGCCUGGUGACACAGUGGACGUCAGAUCGAUAGCAAACUCAAAAGUGUGCUGCUGUGUAACUGAAGAGUGUCAAGGUGAACUGCUUGACAGUUGGUUGAUAUUGAAAGUGAAAAUUGAUAUUUAUUGCUUCGAAGGUGGGUGCAUUGGUGAGCCAAUUACCUGGCUAAUAUUUAUUGCUUUUUAGUUGGUAGCACUGGUAGGGUAAUAAUAUAGUUGAAAUUUGGUGCUUCGUAAUUGGCAACACUGGUAGGGUGAACCUUCAGGGUUAUUUAUUGUUUCAAAGUAGGCACCAUUGCGAGGGGAAUCACCGGAGUGUAUUCAAUAGAUAUCAAAUCCAACGAAGUACAGAGAGGCGGUAAGUGCGAUAGUGAGUGUUUCUGGGUGAGUAGGUACCGGGGCAGUGGGCUUUAAGUAGACGCAAAGUGCUAACCUCGGCCCCAAUACGGGGGUGAAGUUGAGCCUCCAGUCCCUGGACCCUCGAAGGCCAGCGGCCGCCGACGACAGUGAGCGCUGCCAACCUCCGCCCGCGGAAGUCCCUGCCGUGGCAGCCAUGUCGGCCAUGGACAUCACGUGCGGGUUCCCCAUCUUCGGGGCGUCGGGCUACCAGCGGCAGCGCAACUGCAGCGAGGGCAGUUCCAGCGGAGCCUCCACCUAUUCCGGUGGCUACGACCGCAUGCCGGCGUGUGGCUGCCUAGAGGCGGGCUCGCCGCCGCUGGGGGCGGUGCAUUCCGCCCCCACGGGGGGCGGCUACACGCGGCUCAGGGGCGGCGCCUCCCCCGCCUCCAGCUGUGGCGACCUUCACUACGAGAAGGCAGACUGCGGGCACAGCGAGAAGGAGGAGGAGCUGGUGUUCCACAGUGAGGACUACGGUGGUGGGGGCCGCCUGAGCGCGGUGGUGGGCCGUGACCUGUGUGCUGGGGACCUGUGCCUGCUGCUGGCCGCCAAGUCCCUGGCUGCCAAGGAUCCCAGCUGGGCAAUCGUCGAGGUCUGGCCGCGGCUCGGCAUUGAGCGCUCGCUGGAGGACCACGAGGAGGUGCUGGCCGUGCACCACGAUGUGCAGUCGUUCGGCCGCCGCGAGGCCAAGAAGUUCGUCUUCCGCAAGGACUUCUCCAAGUACGAGUUCUUCCACAGCCCGCAGCAGUUCUUCCCGGCCGACAUGGUGGACCUGGCGGCGUGCUGCGCCGGCACCUCCGCCCCCUCCACCCCCACGCUGGACGCGCGCCACGGCCACUGGCCGGGACAGGCCGUCUGCUCGUCUACGUCCGCGCCGUCGACGCCGCUGGACCCGCAAGCUGCGCUCAUGGCCGUGGUGGGGGGCUCCGUGGUGCUGCCGCCCAUCUUCUCGCCGGUCUGGGUUCGAGACCCGAGCAAGCAGACGUGGACGCGCGCCUUCCUGCUGCUGCAGGGCCAGGAGCUGUACAUCUCGCACAAGGUGCAGACCAUCGCCAAGUACCUGCGGAGCAAGGACAGCAACAAGGUGCUGCUGGACGGCGUGGGCGGUCUGCAGGCGGUGGCUUCGCUGCGCGACCACGCCGUGUACCGGGCGCUGAACGCGCGCAACCAGUUCCGCGCGCCCACCGAGUGGGGGCUCUGCCUGCGGCCCAGCUCCAGCUCCAGGGUGGGGGCGGGCGGGGGCGGCCCGGGGGCGCUCUUCUGCGUCGCCUGCGAGUCGGAGCGCGCCAGGCUGUGCUGGCUCACCGCCAUGCGGCUUGCCAAGUAUGGCAAGCAGCUACGGGAGAACUACCGCUCGUUCAAGAGCAAGUGUACCGAGUCCGGCUCCAGUCCCAAGGAGUACAACAGCUACUCCGUGCCCAAUGAGAGCGUGCGGUCUCGCGUGGCCAUGGACUUCACGGGCAGCGUGGGGCGCAUCGUGGACGACCCGCAGGAGGCGCGCGCCAUCGCAGCCGCGGAGGGCUACUCGUGGAAGCGGCGCUGGCGGCCACCCAGGCCGUCCGCCCCCGGCGCCGCCCCCGCCGCCCCCGGCGCCACCCCCGCGCCCGCCACCGGGCUGGCGGCCGGCGUGCACGUGGCGCAGCCCUGGUUCCACGCCGGCAUGACGCGCGAGCAGGCCGCGCAGCUCGUCCACCGGCACGGCUCCGUCGACGGGGUGUUCCUGGUCCGAGAGAGCCGCAGCUCCCCUGGGUCGUUCGUGCUGACUUACAAGUGCGGCGGAAAGGUCAUCCACACGCAGAUACAGCCGGUGGUGGACACUGCCCGCGACGCGGUCUGCUACUCGCUGGACAACGGCAGCACCAAGUUCUACGACCUGCUGCAGCUCGUCGAGUUCUACCAGCUCAACGCCGGCCGCCUGCCCACGCGGCUCACCCACUACGUCGUGCAGGGCCCCGCCGAACACAACUCCGUCACCUACUGAGGGCGGCACUCCCGAGACGACACCCGACCGUCCCGUCGAGGAUCUGCCACUGCCGGAGGAACCUCCCGGCGUCCCGGACCCCGACGCGGCCAGUGUCUACGCAGAGUUGCAUUGCCGGCCGCGUACUCUUGCCGGCCCGUCAGUGCACACGUUUGAUCUGUGGUAAUACCCUGUAGCGUUUCGAGAACUGGUCCGUGGUCACACUGUGUAAGCCAGAAAAGACUAGAGAAUCGUGGUGCACUGGGAUAGCUUCCAGCGUGUACUGGAAUAGCUUCCAGAAACUUCUGUCACCGUAGGAUUCUUCUGUUUACCACUAUGGAGGGGUAAAACCCUCUCACUAUUUGUUGCACAUAUUAUAGCACUGUAUGCACACUUACACAACACUAGGGGGGUCGCAUUCUACCCUGCCCGAGUUUCGAAAUGAUGCGUCUUGUAAAUUCUAUUGGUGCAUUUAUUUCUUUAUCCACCCGUGAACAUUGUGCACGGUAUUAAUGUAAUUUGUAAAGAGUACGGGAUGCCGUCAUUAUAUAUGUAAACACGUAUGUACAAAGGACAUCUGCAUAAUAAGGAAUCUGUUGACGACAUAUUAAUGUAAUUGAGUUUCGUGCAACAUGUGUCAUUACUGUGAAAUAUAAAUGCAUAGCACUGUGCAUUGUUGGAGAAUACAUACAAAAAUACUGAGCAGACUUGACAAAGUUGGAGCUUUUUUAUUAUUAUUUCUUAAUUUUUUUGCUGAGUCGUCAGUCUUGCUCUUGGCUAUAUAUGACCCACUACAGCUGUAGCCUCGGUGUCAAUCUCUUAGCACUUGAACACUUAGCACCUCAGUUAUUUGCUGGAUGUUUACCAGUCUCAGUCACUGUCUUUCUCUACAGGCUUUGCCAUCUAUGGCUCCCUCCAGUACCACAGAAGUUAUUCCCUGAUAUCCUAGCACACGCCCUAUCGUCCUUUACUUACAGGAAUCAGAGUUCCUCAUAAUUUAUCGGUCCACCUAAUUUCCAACACCUCCAAUUCUCUGUUUCCUAUUCUCCCACAGUUGAGAUUCUUCUGCACCCAGACAAGUUUCAGGAGAGAAAUCCUAUUUUAAAACUAACGGACAUUCUCUGGUGUGUGGUUGGCCGACUUCUCAUCUUUUUCGGAUCUGUAAACGAGUGGCUACCAAAUUGAGAUGCUCUCAGUUCACCCUAUGUCAGCUUCAUGUGUAAUUUAAAAAUGUGAAGUUCCAAAUUAAUAUCACUGCUUGUAAUUUUCUCUCACGAUGUCACCCACUUCGCUUGUCGUAAAAUGUUUCUGUCCGUGUCUUAUCAUCUUGCCUCAUUGUCUAAGCCUGACUUCCGUAAGACAGAACAUGUCGUUUAGAGGUAAUUUUAUGCAUUAUUGCAUUACAAUACAAUCUGUUAUUAAUUCUAUCUGUACCGAACACACUUGCCGACACAGUUUUGAGAUUUGACUCCUGAAAUGGACAUUGUUACCUUGCCAGAACUGUGUUUUGUAAACUUUGGAGGGAUGAGGUCAUUUUGUAGAAGAGGCCGGUAUGCAAAGCACACGCUACAGAUUGUGUACGCUACGUGGGACUUCUGUACAUUUGACAUCGAUGAUAAAUCUUGAGGUAGUCUGAUGUAUUUUAAAAGCAUUUAACAGCUGUCUAAAAUUUUUAUGAAGCAUUACGCAUGUUACUGCAGCUAAUUGUCAUCUGCAGCGUUUUGUCUGUCAGACAUUUGUAUGUGUACAUAAUAUUUACAGUGCCUCCCUGUAGCACAAACUAUUUAUUAAUGAAAAUUCUUUGAAGUAAUAAAAUAUAUCUACACUAUCAUCGGUAUCAACAUCCUCACCAUCAUUGAAUGAAUACUGUACAAUAUAGUGUAUAUAAAUAAAUAAGCAAGCAAUCAGUUGCCACAAACCUUUUGACCCCUUACCUUCAUCUGCAGAAAUAUUUCUAAUGUAUUGAGUAAUGCUCGUGCAUGUGUGCGUGUGUGCGAGCAUGUGUGUGUGUUGCAUUGUAAUUUAUUUUUCUAUUUAUCAGAGUAACAUACGAUCAGUGAAUGCACUCAGUAAAUAAUGUUUAGGUGCUGAAUCUAUAAAUAAAACUAUGUAUGCCGGUCUUGCGUGAUUGUGUCUGAUAACAGUGUUGUGUAUAUAGUUGUAAUAACCAAGAUGAUUUAAAGCUCUGUAAGUGACUAAACGUUUUAGUUCAUGAUUUUAAUUUAUUACAAAUUGCAGUGAGAGAAGUAAGUGAAGUAGUUGUAUAAACAGAGUAAUAACUAAAUUGUGAUUUGUGUGUAAUGUAUAACAGAGUAUCAUAUAUCAUUCGCAGGAAAAUGUAGAGAAAAUUUAUUUGCAAUGUAAUGUUAUAUAUGUUUGUGAAUCAUCAGUAUUUAUUAUAUAGAAACAUUAGCCUUUAGAGAAGCAAGUUGAAAUAAGUAUUUAUCAUGACAAUACAUAUCUCGUCAGUUACUGCUAAUACCGUUGUUUCGAAAAUGACUUUUUGUGAAUUUUGCAUCGGCAACCCUGACGAAUGAGAUGAAUGUAAUAGCAGUGGAAGUGAAUUGUAGUAAGUGUCUUAAAAUACUUUGACAUUGGAACUGAGGCUAUCGAGUUGCUACUGAACAGUUACAACUCGGCAAGUAAUAACAACAUUGUUAUUUCUUAUGUAUUAAUGUGUAUUUAGGAAGACUUUUGAACUAGAUCUGUGGAGUGAGAGAGAUACGAAGUUUAGUUGUAGUAACUGUAAAAAUUAAAGAGUAAUAUAUUUUUGUACAUUUGUGGUAAAACUUUAUCUUUGCCAAAGUAUAUAGAAGUGCAGGAAGUUUUCCUUGGCCAUGGCAAUCAUCUAGUUUUUGGUUUUAUUAAAGUGUUUGUAUUGUAUAAGUAGUGAGAAGUGGUGUGGCAGAUGUGAGAACUUCCUGGCAGAACCAGUGUCCUUUUUUGUUAUUGAUUUUGUGUGUGUUAAUCCUCGUGCUGUAUAAAAGGGUUGUACAUUGCAUUGUAUUCUGCACAUCUCUAUAACAGAGUGAUUGAGCUAUCAGUAUAUCUCUGUACGUUGAAAAUGAAUGAUACUUUUUGAUUUGAGAUCAGGAGAAGUUCAUUCUGCAGCAAGCAAUAAGUGUUGUCCACUGUGGAUAUUGACAGCAAUAACUUGGACAAUCAUAUCUUCAUUUCCAGUGUUAUAACUACGGACGUGGCUAUCGUAUUUCAUUGUGACACUUAAUACUAACUGAAUCCAGAUAUACUGUACACGAUACGUCAGUGCAGUUGUCGGGCAUUACCACGUGGAGACGAGAUGCAAAUGUUAAUUUGUGAUAACUAUGACAUUCUUAAUGUGGUGGCUAGUGUUCUUUCCUGACACAAUCACAUUCAUAUUUGUGCCACUAAAGGCUUUCUUGAAGAAUUACUCUUACAAAUGUUUCUCUUGUGAAACGUUGGAUACCAUUGUGUAACUCCUGAAAUAUUUUGCCGAUGCAAUUGACCGACAUCUUCAGGUGCGACAAAUGCACUGUUGAGCUAUGGCUGAAGCCUCCUAUUUACUCCAGUCUAAAAUGGGAAAACGUUUUUGGCCACAGAAUUUGACACAUUUCUGUGCGAGCUACUUCGAUGCUCAGUGUAAAAUAAUCGUGCGUGGACUUGACGAGAGGUACCUUUUUCACCCGAGUGUCGGGACUAGAUUGUACUUUGAAACAUUUAUUUAAGCAAAAGUAAGUUCUUUACAGUGGACAGAAUAAAAAGCAAUACAGAUCCGUUACUCAGAAGGGAACAAAUUGGCAGGUACCUACUGGGGCAAAUUUGUCGUCUUUUGCCCCACUUGUUGAAAAAGUCACAACCCUUUUUAUGUUCUUUUUUUUUGUUAUUGCCUGUAAUAUAUCACUGUUGUGUAUGGUGCACUUUCUUUCCUUGCAAGAAGUUCUGUCGUAGUGUAGGUAACCCUUACAUGAUAGACUAAAGAUAUUGCCUGCUGAUUCUUCGUUAGUGUUGUCCUUUAUUAAUGUUUAGUAUUGUUUCUAUUGCUGUUUACUGUUGUUAUAGCCGUGUCUCUAUCAGUAUUAAUAUGUAUACAAGAACAGGGUUCGUAUUUAUGCUUCACUUCGUUUCGCAAAUCUGUGAACUAUAGAGUUUUUAUGUAACCACAUUUACAUUGCUUAGGAGUAAAUGUUUGUUUUUGCACAUUUGAUCACUAGGAUGUAUUAACUUAAUACUGUAAUAUGUACAAACAAGCUUGUUCACUUCUUUUCUAUGGUCAGUAAAUUAUUUUUUACUCAAAA